GGUAGGUAGACCGUUAUCUCAACAACCACUGUCUAAAGCCACUGGUUUUGCAACUCUGUUUUUUUUGUCUAAAGAAACAAGAAGAAGAAGAUGCCCACUUUGAAUCUAUUCACGAACAUACCAGUCGACGCUGUCACAUGCUCCGACAUCCUCAAGGACGCUACUAAGGCCGUCGCUAAGAUCAUCGGCAAACCUGAAUCCUAUGUGAUGAUACUGUUAAACAGCGGAGUGCCCAUUGCAUUUGCUGGUACCGAGGAACCUGCUGCUUAUGGAGAACUUAUAUCUAUUGGAGGGUUAGGUGCGGGCGUAAACGGGAAGCUUAGCGAGACUAUAGCUGAGAUUCUCCAAAUUAAGCUCUCUAUUGAUAGCUCCCGCUUUUACAUCAAGUUCUACGAUUCCCCACGACCCUUCUUUGGAUUCAAUGGAUCAACUUUCUGAACACACGGGUUCAAUCGUUGUGGCCAAGAGGCGGAGAAUUCAACUUCCUAAUGAAAUUAUUGUUUGCAUCUUUUGAGUUCAGAAGCUGUAGAUUCUUGAGUUUGAUUUAUAAUAUGAUACUUCCCUUAAAAGCUAA